AUGGCGCGAAUUAGCUCUGGCUUUGAGUACGGCAAGCCUUGUGACCAUACCAUCUUUCGCACUUCCAAAGAUUUGGUAGUGGGCCCAUAUAGCAUCGCCCAACCUGUUGUCGCGGAUAGCGUUGAUGUAAAAGGUGUCCUAGGGCUCGUUGGGAAAGAUUUUUGGCUCGUGAAGAAGUUCCCAGACGGAGGUGUCGAGAAACAAGACCUCUAG